AUGACAUCCCAGAGCCAGAGCCGUCCCAGAUUCUACCGCAAUUUGCAGAACCUCGGGGAGAAGAGCGUAUUGACGUUGACCAACCUGAGGCAAAAACACUCAACGGUUUCGAUUUCCGACUCCAAAUCCCAGUCGUCAACACAUAGCAGCGACAUCGCAAGAUACCAGAAUGAAAAUCCUAGUCCAAACUCAGGCACAAAUACCAACAAGCAAGCAUCAUCGCACACCAUUAGCGUAGCGCUCGACAGAAUACAGUCCUCAUCAUCACAGGCGAAAUCGCGACUCUCCGUCGCCGUCCCCAGCAUCCUCGCCUCCUUGUCUAACACCGCAGCUCCAACCACACCGAACAACCCAACAUCCUCUUUACUUACUCUAAAUCGUCACAUCGAAACCCAAUCCACGCAAGCACGCCAUCUCUUCACGCAAAAGUCACACCUCCUCUCCCAGAAUGAGCGAGAAUGGAUCGGAGCCACGAUCUCUGAUACGGAAGAUGCGAUACGGGAGGUUCUUAAAAUUACAGAGACGUUCAGGGUAGACCAAGAGCUUAACAAUGGGCAUGUUGGGAUGAAAUCUCAAAUACGGUGGUUGGUCCGAGAUUCGAGACGCGCGAAAGAGGAAAGAGAGCGGUUAAUGCUCUGUCAUGCAAGCCUGAUGGGGGUUAUAGGCAGAUUACAGUCUCUCCAUCUCCCCAACGAAGCGCAAAUGGGACUCGUUCAGGAUGCGGCACGCCAACAUGAAACGGAAGGGGACUCAGAAAGGGGAACAGUAGGCGGACCACCUGAGCCCUCAGCCCCUGGGCCAAUAUACGGAUCGUCUCUGUCUAGCACUGAACCGAGGCCCAAAAGUCCUGUAUGGGAUUUAUCAGUCCAGUUACAGGAUGCUGGCAUGGAGGUGGCCGUUACAGAGCCUGCGCUCUUACUCCCAAAUUCCCCGGUGUCGGCGGCACCGCACUCAACGUCUAUCUCCGCAGCUGAGUUUCCCAUGCAAAGUGAUGAGGUAGCACCUGAGAAGCUAGAUGAUGAGCUCUUGGACAUGUUAUCUUGGCGGUGGGCUCAAGGGAGGCAGUCAUAA